AUGUUUGAAGACCCAUUCUUCUCCAGGACCCCAAUUGACUACUGGUUUGGAUACCCAGCUGAUGUCCAAACACGUCCACGCAUUGAAGGAGCUCGUGAAGGAGAAGGUGCUACUGGUGAAGGAGCCUUGACUCAACAACAAUCAGGCUGGAUGACUCCCAUGCGAGGAUUCCGAGCUCCAAGGAUUGAUGUCGAAGAAACUGACAAAAACUGGAUUCUCCGAGCCGAUGUCCCAGGAAUCAAGAAGGAGGAAAUCAAAGUCAGCAUGAAAGGCGAUGUCUUGACUAUCGAAGGGGAAAGGCACGAUGACCGUGAAGAAAAAUCAAGCACUCGUCAUGUCGUCGAACGCUCAUUUGGCAAAUUCCGUCGAUGCAUCUCUCUCCCAUCUGACGUCAACACUGACUCUGUCAAGGCUGACGUUCAAAAUGGCAAGUUGCAAUGA